AAGAGAAGUUAAGAAAGACGUUUUCCACCUCUGCGAAGCUGUUGCACUUGUCUUCUCUCGGAGUGUGGGGUUGCUUUUUUUAUUUUAAGGCGCGGGUUGUUUUGCGCGUCAACAAUAAGGAGCAUGCUGUUGGAGCGACGGAGAGCGCAUUAAAAGAGCGCAUUUCACUCAAUGGAAUUCUUAUAUUUAGCUCCGUGAGGGACCAGCCAGACGAGCAGAGGAAAGAGGAAACCCUGAUCCUGGUGUUUAUCGUUUUGAGACCGCUUCGAGCCCCCAAAACUUGUCGUUCAUAUCACGGUGCACGGCUAUGUGGUGAUGAGGGCGCUGUGAGUGUGUGAGAAAGACGGGGGAAUAGCGCAAUUUUAUCUACAGCUCCGGGGAGGAAAGAUGAUGAUGGCCGGUGGUGGUGGUGGCGGAGCAGCCGUUGACCACAACGGGAUAUACACAAAUCCAAAUCUCCACAGCCUGCAGCAGACCCAUAUGGACGCCGAUAACCCAGACUCCCGCAAACGGCCGCUGGAAACUCCGGCUGAGGAGGCCGGCUGUACCAAACGCACCAACACUGGAGAGGAGGGUGAGUACUUCCUGAAGGUGCUGAUCCCCAGCUAUGCAGCCGGCUCUAUAAUUGGCAAGGGUGGCCAGACCAUCGUACAACUGCAGAAAGAGACGGGUGCCACCAUUAAGCUGUCCAAAUCCAAAGACUUCUACCCAGGAACAACAGAACGAGUCUGUCUGAUACAGGGUACGGUCGAAGCCCUCAAUGGUGUCCACAACUUCAUUGCGGAGAAAGUUCGCGAGAUGCCCCAGAGCGCCCAGAAACCAGAACCAGUCAGCAUACUGCAGCCACAGACCACAGUCAACCCUGACCGAGUCAAACAGGCUAAAUUGAUUGUGCCCAAUAGCACAGCUGGGCUGAUCAUUGGCAAGGGUGGAGCCACAGUGAAAGCAGUGAUGGAGCAGUCAGGGGCUUGGGUGCAGCUCUCACAGAAACCAGAAGGCAUCAACCUGCAGGAGCGAGUAGUAACCAUCAGCGGGGAGCCCGAACAGAACCGAAAGGCCGUGGAAAUCAUAGUGCAGAAAAUUCAGGAGGACCCUCAGAGCAGCAGCUGCCUCAACAUAAGUUACUCCAAUGUUUCAGGCCCAGUUGCCAAUUCCAACCCCACUGGCUCCCCCUAUGCUAAUACAGGCGAGGUGCUGCCCAAUGCAGCUGCAGCGGCUGCCACUGCCUCUAGCCUUCUGGGUCAGGCCGGAUUGACAGGAAUGGGCGCCUUCCCUGCCGCCAUGUCCAGCUUAUCCGGUAAUGAUCUGCUGGCCAUCACCUCAGCUCUCAACACACUGGCCAGCUACGGCUACAACACUAACACCCUCGGCCUGGGCCUCAACCCAGCAGCUGCUUCAGGGGUCCUUGCUGCAGUAGCAGCUAGUGCUAACCCGGCUGCUGCUGCUGCAGCUAACCUUCUGGCCUCCUAUGCUAGCGAUGCCUCUAGCAGUGCGGGCCACCCUGCUACAGGUCUCGGUGGGUUUUCCUUGGGGUCUCUAGCAGCUGCUACUGGGGCUUCCAACGGUUACCUAAAUGCUUCAUCCCCACUGAUGGCCUCCUCCCUAUUGGCAACAGAGAAGCUGGCAGAUGGUGCCAAGGACGUGGUUGAGAUUGCUGUGCCCGAGAAUCUGGUGGGUGCCAUCUUAGGGAAAGGAGGGAAAACGCUGGUAGAGUACCAGGAGCUAACAGGAGCCCGCAUCCAGAUCUCCAAAAAAGGAGAGUUCAUUCCUGGUACUCGGAACCGUAAAGUUACCAUAACAGGGUCGCCAGCCGCUACGCAAGCAGCACAGUAUCUGAUCAGCCAGCGGAUCACCUACGAGCAGGGCGUGCGGGCUACCAACCCACAAAAAGUGGGCUAAAAGGAAAAAGAAGAGGAAAGAAGGAAAGGAUGAAGACAGAGAUGGAAGGGAAUUGAGAGAGAGUCAUAAUGGAUAAGGAAGAAAAGAAAUGUCCAAAUAUCUGUUCAAUAUUUCAGUAUCAAAUGAGAGAAUCACAAAGGAGGAGGUGGGGGAGACAACCAAGAUAAGUGUGUGUGAUAUGUGAAUGUGUUUUUAGGACUGACGUCCUGAUGUUUUUUAAAAGUUUGUGUCGAGUCCUUUUGAUGAUGGUGAUCAGAGUAAGCUGAACUGGUCCACUGCCAAGCUGCAGAUUCAAGGGUGAGGCCAAAGGGUUUCACCCUCCUCCAAAACCUCAUAGCUUUUAUUUUAUUUCUUGUGUUUGGUUUUGUUGGUUUUAAUUUCAUUGCAAACCUCAGCUCCCGGUGAGUUGAGUGUGUCAGAUGAAGUUCCAGCCAGCUAAUAGAGCUGUUUUACAAACCUUGCUUGUUGUAUACAAUGCAGAAGGCAUUGUGAACAGGGGUGUGGUUUUAUGACACGCACCUGAGGUCAUCUCAGUUUAUGGGGAAGCAAUCUGAGAAUAAUUUCUAAAAAAAAAACAAAAAAAACAUCUUUGUUGACAUAUGUUCAAUUCUGGCUCAUAUCAUAAUUGAAGUUUCUAAA